AGUCGUGCGUGACAAAAACAUCGCUCGUAUACUUGUAUACACGCGUGUGUAAACGCACGUACACGAGCGCAAAUCGACUCGUCGCUCAAAAAGGAAAGGAUCGGCCGGUCUUCGGUGCAUCAUAUACCCAAAGAUUACAGAAGAGGACCCGACCUAGUCGCGUCGGCGUUAAUGUUGAGCAAGUUCAGUCGCGCAUCGAGUGUCAGCGAGUAAAGGCCAGGCUAUAGUCGAUCGUCCGCGACAACGCACAGCACGAGUUCGUCGACCUCUACGCGUCUUUCUCUCGCUCUCGUGUGCGCAGCAAACAGAUCGAAAUGUCGUUUCGGGCGUCCGUUGCAGUCCUGCUGCUGCUGUUCUCGGCGCUGAUUUGCUCCAGUGUCGUCGCCGAGGAUAAUAAUGGAAAUCGGACGAGAAAAGUCACGCCGGUCGUGAUGUGGCACGGAAUGGGUGACAGUUGCUGCUUCGACUACAGUCUCGGGCAGAUAAAAAGAAUUCUGGAGCAGCACAUGACAGACGUCUACGUGAAAUCGAUACGAAUCGGCAACAACGAGAUCGAGGACGUCGAGAACAGCUACUUUAAAAAUGUCAACGAGCAAGUGGCGCAGGUCUGCGAGGAGCUGGCCAACGACGAGCAGCUCCGGGACGGCUACAACGCCAUCGGUUUCUCGCAGGGUGGCCAAUUUUUACGAGCAGUGGCGCAGAGAUGCCCUUCGCCGCCCAUGAAAAAUCUCAUCUCGCUGGGUGGUCAGCAUCAAGGCGUUUACGGCCUGCCGAAUUGCGCUUCGCUUCAGCACCAUUUCUGCGAUUAUCUCCGAAGAUUGCUGCAUUACACGGCUUAUUCCAAAUUCGUCCAGGAGAAGCUGGUCCAAGCCGAGUACUGGCAUGACCCACUCAAGGAGAAGGAGUACAAAAAGUACAGUAUCUUCCUAGCCGAUAUCAACAACGAGCGAUUUGUCAACGAGACUUACAAAACGAAUCUGAAGAAGCUCGAGAACUUCGUGAUGGUGAAAUUCGAGCAGGACUCGAUGGUCGAGCCGAAGAUAACCGAGUGGUUCGGAUUCUACAAACCCGGCCAGGCGGUCGAGACUCAGACGCUACAGGAGAGCGACAUUUACAUCGAGGAUCGCCUGGGAUUGAAGGAAAUGGACGAGGCAGGAAAGUUACAUUUUCUCUCGAUCGACGCGAAUCACCUGCAGUUCACCGAUAUGUGGCUCGUCGAGAACAUCAUCAGCAAAUUUUUGCUGUGAAAUAAUUACCCGCAAUUCCGAGGAAGGCUCGUGAACUAGUUCUGUGAAUUUUAUUUUUGCCUCAUUCAAAAGUUCUCCGCCAGAGAAACCAGAUGUAAAAUAUACAAAAAUAAUGAAAUAGUAUAUAUAAAAUGAA